AUAAGGCGAGAGCUGGGUGGUGUUACAAUUCAGCAGAGGUCGGGACGUACCACGGAGCCCAGUGGCGUGGGGGUGGGGGGCAGAGGACGUGGUCACCGAGGGGUGCCCCCGCCCCCCUUCGCAAAGGCCUCUGGCAGAGGUGGCAGGAAGGACAGGAACUCGACUUGUAGGAGGGGGAAGCGGCACGUUAAAUCGACCUCUACCCCUACCCCACUUCCGAGGGGGUGGGCGAUAGAGAAGAGGUCGGGGUUGGAGCUGCAGCGCAGGGGCCCCUCCCUUGCACCUCCCCCCACCGGACUUGGUCGCGCCCGAAGUGUAACACUCUCUUUGUCGGAGGAGCUCUUCUGUUUCUUGUGCAGUACCUCCGGUUGUGGAGGCGCUGGUGUCAGCCCUGGCGGACGCAGGAACGAUGUCAGCGACCGACAUAGCUCGCCAGGUGGGUGAAGAUUGCCGAACCGUCCCCCUGGCUGGACAUGUGGGGUUUGACAGCUUGCCCGACCAGCUGGUGAAUAAGUCAAUCAGCCAGGGCUUCUGCUUCAACAUCCUGUGCGUGGGAGAGACAGGUUUGGGCAAGUCCACCCUCAUGGACACCCUGUUCAACACCAAGUUUGAGGGGGAGCCAGCCACCCACACACAGCCGGGUGUCCAACUCCAGUCUAAUACCUAUGACCUCCAAGAGAGCAACGUGGGGCUAAAGCUCACAGUUGUUAGCACAGUGGGCUUUGGAGACCAAAUCAACAAGGAGGACAGCUACAAGCCCGUUGUGGAAUUCAUCGAUGCCCAGUUUGAGGCCUACCUGCAGGAGGAGCUGAAGAUCCGCAGGGUCCUGCACACCUACCAUGACUCCCGCAUCCACGCCUGCCUGUACUUCAUCGCCCCCACGGGUCACUCCCUAAAGUCACUGGACCUAGUGACAAUGAAGAAGCUGGACAGUAAGGUGAACAUCAUCCCCAUCAUUGCCAAAUCAGAUGCCAUUUCUAAGAGUGAACUAACAAAGUUUAAAAUCAAAAUCACCAGCGAGCUUGUCAGCAAUGGGGUCCAGAUCUACCAGUUCCCUACAGAUGACGAGUCAGUGGCAGAGAUCAACGGAACCAUGAACGCCCACCUGCCAUUUGCUGUCAUUGGCAGCACAGAAGAACUGAAGAUAGGCAACAAGAUGAUGAAGGCACGGCAGUAUCCUUGGGGCACGGUGCAGGUUGAAAAUGAGGCCCACUGCGACUUUGUGAAGCUGCGGGAGAUGCUGAUCCGGGUCAACAUGGAGGAUCUACGCGAGCAGACUCACAGCCGGCACUAUGAACUCUACCGCCGCUGUAAGCUGGAGGAGAUGGGCUUCAAGGACACCGACCCCGACAGCAAACCCUUCAGUUUGCAGGAGACGUACGAGGCCAAAAGGAAUGAGUUCCUAGGGGAGCUCCAGAAAAAAGAAGAGGAGAUGAGACAGAUGUUCGUCCAGAGAGUCAAAGAGAAAGAAGCUGAACUUAAAGAAGCAGAGAAAGAGCUACAUGAGAAGUUUGACCGACUGAAGAAACUACACCAGGACGAGAAAAAGAAGCUGGAGGAUAAAAAGAAAUCCCUAGAGGAUGAAAUGAAUGCUUUCAAACAGAGAAAGACUGCGGCUGAGCUGCUCCAGUCCCAGGGCUCCCAGGCUGGAAGCUCACAGACUCUGAAAAGAGACAAAGAGAAGAAAAAUAAUUCAUGGCUGUGUACUGAAUAGUAUUCCCUGCUACAGCUGGACUGGACUCCACUUAGCUUUUUCAGCCAAGGUUCCUAUUUUAACUGACAGCUUUCCUUUGGGGUGCCAGGCAGCCAGGACCCUUACCCUUGCUGUGUACUUGCACUUCACACCCCACCUCUUCUUUUGAGUUCCGCCUCCCAGCCCCAGUGGCACUGAUCCUGACCUUCUUUCUUUAAAUUAUUUUGACGUUGGUUUUUUUUUUAACCACUUUUUUUCCCCAAAACACACAGUCAAACAAGGCUCUGCCAAAUUUUCAGGCCUUUUUGCAAUGUUGAGAAUGGGGAGGGGUUUCUCUCUUCAACAGUAGAUAUAAGGGAAAAGUAGAAAAAAGGAAAAGCAAACAUUUACACACUAUCUUUUCUUGUUGGCAGAGCAAGGGGUGCAGUUCUGAGGUGUGUUUGGUGAGUCACUGACUGGUUAGUGACCAGAGGCAACUAUGAAGAUGAUGCUGUCAAAGCAUAAGCUAGUUUUCUUGAGAAAAUCCAAGUGUCAUUGUAGAGCAUGUUGGGAGCCUCUGUGCUUGGAGGUUCAAAACAAAACAGAACAGACAGGAAUGUGAAUAUUUGGCCAAGUAGCUCAGAUGCUAAGUUGGGCUGUCAGGUCUCCUUGGGAAAGGCAUCUUGCUUGCAGCUUUGAUGUUACCAAGUCUAGUUUCACAGCUGCUUCCCAAGAACCCCAAAUUUAAACAGCCAACCGGUCUCCAUCCCCUGGGUAAUUAUUUGCAUUACAAAUAGGCCCCCCUCAUUUGCAUUUGUUUACAGAUUAACUGCUUGAGGCGGGAGAAGCCCUGAAAACCUCAAAAUUUUAGAGCCACCCAGCCUUUGAGAGAUCUCAGAGACUAGACAGAAUUUUUUUACCAAGGGAGAACUUUGGGUCCAUAAGACAGAUGUGACCCACAUUUUUCAUAAGAGGAAAUUGAGGCCCAGAGAAGUGAAGGGACUUACUGGAGGUCCCAGUGCUAUUUCGUGGCAGAAGCCAGGCUAAAUUCAGUGGCUCCUGACUACCGAUCCAUUUCACAAAUGGAUUCAAUCUGUUCCUGUAUGUUCUUGGAGACAAGGUCUGUUGAUGUUCAGAGAAAACAAAUAGUAUUACAAGGCCCUUGAGUCUUUUUCCCCAUAGAAGAAUAGCCAAGGGGAGUUGGGUAGGGGGCUGGCAAAGCAGAAGACUUCAGGCCAGCUCUGAACUUAGUGCUUCUGCUGACAGUAGGAUCCCCAGGCAUCUGUUAGCCGGCCAGUUUUCCUGGAAGUCUGGAAUGGGGCCCAGGCAUCCGAAUGUUUAACAGGUGUCCUAGAUGAUUCUUGUAAUCAAGGAAGUUUGGUAAACAGAAAUCUACCCUGUGAGUGAACAUGAGGCCUUUAGAAAGUCUAUCAGGGCUAUUAAAAUAAUUAAAAUAGUUAUUUUAUUGGGUAGCUCUUUUCACUGUAGACAGAAAGGCAUUUUUCCUUCUUCAGUGAAAAGGCUUUUUAAUUAGUACUGUACAAUUGUUACUAGUUUUUUUUAAAAGAUACCCUAAGUACUCUGUUUACUUCUGGGGAAACAAAACCAGUCAUUGGAAAUGAUCUGCACUUUUAUUUUUCCCAACUGGAAUGGAAUGGCUUUCCUGAAAAAUCCCCAUGUCUGUACACGCAACCCCCACCCCCAAACACACACACACACACACACACACACACACAGCCCUCAUUUCUCAAGCCAAGAAGUUUGCUUUUCCUGCCUGCAGUGCAGAGCACUUUGGUUCUUUAUUUUGUUUUUUGUCUUAAUCAUUUGGUAUUCACGUGUGGCUGUUAAUAAUGUGCUUUUGAAUUAAAACAAGAAGCUUUAAACCGG